GCGGCCGCCACGGUGGCCGCCCGCUCGCCGCUCGCCAGCUCGUCGGCGCCGUCUUUUUUUUUUCCUCCGGCAGUACCUCAGUGAGGCUUUCAAGUUUUUUCCCCCGGUUCUCUUUUUGUGGGCGCCGCUCCCUCCCCCCGCGCUGCGCACUUGCCCCCUCUCUGCGCCCUACCGCUGCCUCUGCGGCUGGCGAGUUUUUACCCUUCCUCCCCGCCCCGCGCACUUAUAUCUCGAGCAUGAAUCAGACGGCAUUCCGCCGGCCGCCGGUGAGUGUGUGAUGCGUGUGUGUGCGUGCACAUGGACCCGCGCGAGUACAUGAGCCCGGGACCCUCGGGUCUGCAGCAGCAGAAGAUCCUCGGCCGCAACAACAACGGAACGCUGGUGCUGACGUCGGCGCCUGGCAACGAGGCCGAGCUGCAGCUGUACCGCGUGAUGCAGCGCGCCAGCCUGCUCGCCUACUACGACACGCUGCUCGAGAUGGGAGGCGACGACGUGCAGCAGCUGUGCGACGCGGGCGAGGAGGAGUUCCUGGAGAUCAUGGCUCUGGUGGGCAUGGCGUCCAAGCCGCUGCACGUGCGCCGGCUACAGAAGGCGCUGCAGGAGUGGCUCUCCAACCCUGCUCUGUUCCAGACGCCGCUGGUGCCCGGCUUCCCGGGCGCGGUCCCCGUGCCGGUGACGGGCGCCGUGCCGGUGACCGCGGCCGUGGCCGUCGCGGCGCCGCUGCAGAACCACCACCCACACCCACACCCGCACCCGCACCACCACCACCACCACCACCACCUGCACCACACGGCCAGCUCCACGCAGCCGCACAGCCGCAGGCGGCACACCACGGCCUGUCGUCGCCCGCGGCCGCCACCGCCACUGCCGCCGGAGCGACGCCCGCCGCCGCCACCUCCCCCGCCUCCUCCACCUCCACCCCCGUGCCCACCCCCACCGCCACGACGGGCGUGA